AUGGACAUGGCUGUGAAAAAAUCUAUGUUUAAUUUAUUGUCCCUGUUCUUCCUUUUUGUUCUUUUCGGCAACAUCAUAUUCGAUAUAAUCCUGAAACUACCAUAUGAUUUGGACUAUAAUUAUUAUUAUGAUGGGGGUUAUCUGGCCAAGCCACCGCUCUAUGGGCUGAAAAUUACCAUCGUGGUUAUCUACUUCAUCCUUUUUAUCAUGAAUCUCGUCACUCUGAUCAUGCAGACUUGCUGCAUAUGGAACAAGAACGAUCGCAACUUAGUUUGA